AUGAACCAGAUCGUUCAUAUCCAAAGCUCCGACGAGACGCUCAGAGUCGAUGCUGCGGAGGUGCGCGAGCUCGGGCAGCAGGAGAGGACGAGACAGGGGGUCAGUCGGUCAGAGAUGAGCAGCACCAUGAUCAAAGACAUGCUGCAUGAGUACGACAAGGAGAGGACAACUGAGGAGGAGGCGCCGACAAGAUUCGGAUGGGACGGAAGGUUCAUGGCGGACCACGAGUUCAUCAUCGUGCCUGAUGACACCUAUCCCCUCAACAAGCGACUCAAUGUGAACAUCUCCAGCUUCCACCAAGCUGGUGACAAUGACGAUGAUGACGAUGAUGACGAUGAUGACGAUGAUGACGAUGACGAUGAAGUUUAUGUGAAGCUAAUGACUUGCAAUGUUCAGGGAGGUUCCAUUGUCCACGGAGGUUCAUAUCCGGAUUUCAAAGGGGUGCGAUACGUGGACAAGGAACUUGAAGGAGAUCCGAUCCUGGUUCCGUACGCCAUGGGUUUUUUUGGAGAGCUCAGGCAAGAGCCGAUAAACAGCAGCGUCUUCGACGGCAGCACGUCUCCUGCUUGCGGCGUGAGAUUGUUCGGGCAGUGGCUACUGACAGGGCUGGGCAAAGUCGGGAUGGGGGGCAUAUGGACGCCGUACACGGAAGAGGGGCUGUGGGACAACGUGAUGCUCUGCCUUGCUACCUUCCGGGAGAACGCCAUCAUGGUGGAGGCAAGGGGAGGCGCCUGGGUGUUUCAUAGGAUGAAAAUUCUCUCGUGCGGAGUAGGAGGGAUUUGCACCUGGGACUUGCAGGCAGACAAUGGGAUUUUAGCCUACGAGACCUCGGAGCUCCUCCUGGCACAGAGCUUGAUCGAAUGGGUCUACGACGACGGCCAGGGUGUUCGCCUAUGGGACGCCGCUCAUGCCCGCAUCAUCAACUGCACCUUCCAGUACAACGGAGUGAGCGUCGGUCUUUGCAAGAGCGCGGAUGCGAAAGUGAGAGACUGCAAGUUCUUGGGAUGCAACACCGCGUCGUUCUAUCUCAUGGCGGAGUCUUCAAAAGCCUCGAUGGAGGUCGAAGAUCUGCGCGGUAAGUCCGACUUGAUUUUCUGGUCAGAGACAGACUCCGUGUCCAAGGAGGAGGAUCAGGAUCCUUUCCCCAUUCUCAACAUGCAGGACUACGUCGCCACCGACAUCUUCCGCUCCUACCAGCCGCUGCAGAGGAAUCUUGUCCUACCUGCCCUUGCAGUAGACUGA